AUGAGUGAUAUGUCAGGCACCGGUGCAGUGGCGUCACUCGAUUUUGCUGUCGUUACUUUUCCUUGCUCAUGGAGUAGUCUGCCGCUUGCACUACCUACCACCUUAGAACUGGAGGAUUUCGACGAAUUCUCCCUACGUAAACAAGUGCAAACUGAGUAUUGGUGGGUGCGAGAAACAAAUGUCAAGACUGGUUCUGAUGCAAAUAGUAACUUUAAAAAUACUUGGCUCUCUGCCUCAGGCAACGAGCAGAGGGAGUCGCGUAUUGAGUUAUCGGAGUAUCAAGUCGUACGUGAAUGCCUUUGGACACUACUGGGGGCUGGUAAGGGUUUCCUCUUUUCUUAUUGCACUGAUUGUGAGUUUCUCGUCAGGAAUAUGUGUUUGUACGUCCGAAAACCUGCCUGUCUCACCCACCUCACGUACGGUGCUCUUGACGCCUUUUGUGUUGAAAUUGCCAAGUACUGCACAUGUGUUCUUCAGCUUCGAGCUUUUACUGAUUUCGUCCUUACAGUAUCUGGUACUGCAUCACUCCCCUUCACUCGACUGGCAGAAUCAUGUGCGCGCUUAACGCAGGACACUCAUCGAAUUAUUGCUUCGCUAGAAGAAGCCGCAAAGAUGCCAAGCACAUCCCCUUUAACCCUAGUUAGUCUGUUUGAUAGACUACAACCAUGGUUCCGGCGUCUUUCCUUUAUUUCAGCUCUUGUUCUUCAGGUUUGCUCUCCCAAUUUAACUACUAUUAUGUCAGACGCGACCUCAAUCCUUCUAUUGAAUCGACUGGGAGAGCUCUCCAGCACGCUUUCUUGUAGUCACUCUGACCCUUAUCUUGUCGAUCUUAUCAACGAUGCCUAUAUCUCUGUGACUGAAGCGUACUUCUCCGAUCUACUGAGUAAAUCAGGCAACUGUCGUUUUACCGCCCCCUUUCUUCGACGCAACCUCGACUUUUCUCCGAUGCAUCCUAUGUUUUGGGAACUAGGCAUUACAUUGAUCGCAAAUAGCGUACCAAACGUUCUCCUUCCAAUAAUAAACGACAUUUUUGUUGGUGUAAAGUCACAAACCCUUCUCCAAGCCAUUGCAUCCACUUUUGGAAUCCCGAGGAUAGUAGGAAUUUACAAACCUACGACUCCUCUCAAUAUACGACGCGCUAAUGUUGGGAUGGAUUCUCCGCCCGAGCUUGAUCCCCUCGAUGAUCCCGAGCUACAUGAGCUGGCCAAGCUGAUGCACUUAAUUUCACUGAGGGAGCCUAGUAAUAAUCUGCUUUUGCCGGUACUAAGGAAACGGGAAAAGUCUCCAAGUUGUACUAUACGACACCUCAUUGAGAGUAUGCAGCGGCUGUCAAAGGGAAUUUCUUCUCAGCUCUGCUCCUUUUUCUUGAAGGGACCCUCGGUUCUGACUGGCGAGCUUAAGGACGAUUUAGUGAGCGAUGGUUUCCAUUUGCCUCAUUUCUUAGCUUUUUUGGCUGAUGUGGCUUUCUUUCGCAAUGGAGAUCGGAUGAAUGCAUUCUGUCAGUCACUGUUUCUGCUUCGUCCUGCUAAACAAACGGAGGCUGAAGUUGACAACCUACUGAAAGAACAACUAACUUUGGUUUGCGAUGAAAGGUCAUGGGUUCACAAGCAGCUUCGUAUUGGAAUUGUUAAUAAAAGUGAUGCUACUGAGGAUAGCAUAUUACUAGAAAGAACAAUUGUAUUGAGGCUACAGAUCGAUGUUCCUUGGCCGUUGAACAUUGUUUUGACGGAAAAGAAUCUUAGAGUUUAUCAGCAGGUCUUCAACUUUCUUCUUGCGCUAAAACAUGCGAAAUGGACCCUGGACAGGGCAAGAUGGACUCAAACCGCAUCGACUCACAAACUGAACAUUCUGCGCUCCCGCUUCCUCUUCGUGAUAAACGGCCUCCAUGCCUUCAUCUCGGACAACAUCGAGGCGGUCCAUGUAAAGUUCAUACGGGAGUUGAUACAACCACAGGAUCACUGCAGCUUGGAUACUCUUAUGACCAAUUUUACACAAUACCUUAGACGAAUUUCCCAACUGUGUCUACUGGAGGAUUGCGCGUCCCAACAGAUCUUGAAUAGAGCGCUGAGAGGCCUCUUCGAACUGUGUCUUCAUUUCCAGUUGCCUGACGUUACUGAAAGUCAGUUGGCUGGUGAGUUUUCGACUCGGGUUGCCUUUCUACGAACAAUGCUUGCAGAGGCUAUGGAGAGCAGCGGUCGAAUGGAGAAAGCUACCCCAUUCUUGCAUGUUUUGGAGUUGGCGCAUCGAUUUAACACUGACAUGCAAACUCGACUGCAUUUUAACCGGUGA